UACCAGCACAGAAAUUUAAUGAGAUGUCUCAUAUCUAUGCUACAAACCCAAGGACUCUUGGCCGGGGCAUAUGUAUCAUCACCGGAGCUUCUAAAGGGUUUGGACGGGCGCUGGCACAUGAAGUGUCCCACUUACUGGAACCUGGUUCUGUCCUCCUACUGGUGGCUCGCUCUGGGACUCUGCUGCAGGAGCUAAAGAAAGAGCUGCAGAGCUUCACUGAUGAACAUCGUCUGAUGGUUCACUGCAUUGCAGCCGAUCUGAACACAAGAGAAGGGGUGAAUGAAACAGUGAGGAUUACAAGGCAGGAGGCUGUGAAAGACAUUGAUCAUGUGCUCCUUAUUCACAAUGUUGGCUCUUUAGGUGACAUUACCGGGUUUGAGAAUUUCACUAACCUUGAAAUGGUGAAUUCUUAUCUCUCCUUGAAUGUGAGUUCAGCUCUGACACUGACUGCAGGAAUCCUGCAGGUAUUUCCAUGCAGACCAGGCCUGCGAUGGAGUGUGGUGAACAUCUCCUCAGUGUUUGCACUGCAGGCCUUACCAUCCUGGGUGCUCUACUGCACUGCCAAAGCUGCCAGGAAGAUGAUGUUCAGUGUGCUGGCUGAGGAGGAACCAAAUGUCAAAGUCCUCAGUUAUUCUCCAGGUCCCCUGGACACAGAGAUGCAGGAGGAGAUUCAGAGAGUAACGGGUAUCAGUCAUCGUCUGUUUCCCUGCCACGAGUCUGCAGCCAAACUGAUGAAGUUGCUUCUGGAAAACAAUUUCCUCUCAGGGACACACAUUGACUUCUUUGAAGUUUGA